CCUCCCAACUCAUUUUUAGGUAUAAUCUUUUCUUCACUUGGUCCAGCAGCUUCAGCAUUUCAAACUAUCUAUCUAUUCACAGUUUAUAUCAGCAACACGUACCGCUUCCUUUUUCUUCUUCUUCAGGCAACGAAGAGAGUAACAAUCACAGAAGCUGGAAACUGCGCCACUCACGUUCUACUCUUCCACGUUCACAGACUUUUUCUUCCCGCAUUUUGGUGUCAUUCUUCACUGACACGCGUGUCCAAGAACUCCGCAAACCGUGUCCAACUCCACAAACAUCGUCGGACACGAUUCGCCGGCGUGUCCGUGUCGGAGACGCUUCGGAAGUGGGACGCGAGGCAAAAUUGCCGUGUCUGGGCUUUAUAAUGAUUCUCGUUUUUGAAACACUGAACUAGUGUUGUUGUUUUUUCGAUGAUUCUGGUUUGAAAAACUAAUUUGUUUUGCAAUUGUUUAUGUGUUUAGCUGGUGGUGUUGGGUGGUUUUUGAGAUGGAUCUCAGGCAUUUUAGAAGUGAAUUCUUGCCCACAACACUCAACCCAUCUUCAACAUACCUUCAACUUUCUCCUCUCAGGCCUUUUCACAAAACCCCAAACCUAAAAUUCCAUUCACACAGACGCUUUGCAGUUGUAUCACUCUCCCAAAUCCCUAAACCAGUAAGUGAAUCCUCAAUUUUGGGGCGGAAUUCAGCGGGCACAAGAAGGGACCUGAGGUGUUACGCUGGUCGUAGCAAGAAGUCUGGUGGUGAUGGCUCCUCGGGUGGUCGAAUUGAAGGCGCUGCAGAGUUACGGAGUCGGUGGAGGCGCAUUAAUAGCGCAAGAACCAAGAAGUAUGCGGAGUCUCUGUUCUACAGGCUGAAAAACCCUCAUGGUGGUGGGAAUUAUCCUGAUAACUUCACUGAGGAUGAGCUCCAACAGAUUGGCCUCGGGUAUGAUCGAAUGGUCCGGUUCAUGGAGAAGGAUGACCCAAAUUUGCGUCAUCCUUAUGAUUGGUACAAGUAUGGUCAAUAUGGACCCUACUCUUGGCGUGGGGUUGUUGUGGGCGAUCCAGUUCGGGGAGGGAUCACGGAUGAGUGUGUGACGCUAAUCGGUGAAGUGAGGGACCAUGAGGAGUGGGAGAAAAUUGAACAAGCUGAAAUGGCUGAAGAUUAUGGAGAAAAAGUGAAGCAGCUGGAUCAAAGCAAGUUAAGGUAUUUUUGGGUAUUUGUAAGGCACCCAAGGUGGAGACUUUCAGAGCUUCCGUGGGAGCAAUGGACGCUAGUUUGUGAAGUAGUACUUGAGGCUGGUCAACAGAGAUUGGAUAAGUGGAAUUUGAUGGGUAGACUUGGGAACAAGGCUAGGUCGGCGAUAGGGCAAUGUGCUGCAUGGAUGAGACCUGAUAUUGUAUAUGUGAAGAAGCCUGUGUUCCAGUGUAGGUUUGAGCCACAGGAUGGCUUUUUCAAGCCACUAAUUCAACAACUUAACCCUGAAACAGAACAGGAUUUUCUUUUUGAGUUGGAAAACGAUGAUGGUAGUGUUGAGUUGUGUACUUACUACGGCGGAUUGUGUAAGAUUGUGAAGGUGAAUCAAAAGGCAUUUGUCGAUGAUGUGGUGAAUGCGUAUGAUAAAUUGAGUGAUGAGAAAAAGUCAAAAUGUUUGGAGUUUCUGUUGAAAAACCAUCCCGUGGAAUUGUUACAUCCAUAUACAAAGGAGUGGAAGGCUAAGUUGGAAGAGAUGGAGCUGGGUUGUGAUGCUCCUGAUGAAGAAGAUGAUGCUGUUGUUGAUGAUCCUGAUGAUACUGAAAUUCUCGAUUGGAUUGAGGAUGAAGGUAGUGAUGAUGACGCAGAUGAUGAUGAUGAUGAGGAGGAAGAGGAGCUGAAUGAUGAUGAUGAUGAUGAUGAUGAUGUUGAUCCCUAUAAAAACCAAGAUCUAGUGAUGGACAUGGAGGAAGGUGAAGACGGCAAAUAUGAGGCCAUGGAAGAGGAUGAGACUGACUUUAAUUGGAACGAGGAGUUUGAAAAAGCAUUAGGUAGCGGGGAUGCAAUGGAAAAUCUGGCAAGGAAGGCUCUUGAAACCAAUAAAAAGCUGAAUAAGAAGCAACCAGUGAUGCACAAUGUAGAGGAAGAGACAGCACCCUCAGUAGAUGGAGAUGAAACUGCCUUGAGAGGCAAGCGAGCAAAGGUGAGUCCAGAAGAGUGGAAGUAUAUUGGGAUUGGAAAAUGGAGAAAAAGGAUUAAGAGAAGCAGAAUUCCUCCAGAGCUAUUUUUGCGAGCGGUUGUUAGACCUUUCACUUACAGAAAUCUUGUAAAAGAGAUUGUUUUAACUAGGCAUGCAAUCUUGGAUGGUGAAAUUGGUGCACAAGGUUAAGACAUUUGCCUUUUACCUGAAGCCAAUAUGUUGUGUACUUGUGUAGGAGUGAUGUUGACUAGUCUUUAGAUGGUUCAGCAUUAUUCAAUUUCCAUCAUGUUGUUCAAGUUGAGGAAAUAGAAUAGACAGAAAUAUUUAGUGAGUUUUCUUUAUGCUUAUCUAGUUGCUGAAAAGGAUGAAGAGUACGUUUUACAAUAUGCAAUAUCAGUUUUGGACUACUUGAUAAUCUACUUCUAUGUAUUUA